GGGAGAGAAUGGCCGACCCCUGACCGGGAAGCGUUUCCGCUCGGCUGCCAACACACCCGCGUGUAAUCUUCCACCCAGCUGCUGCUAAUCUUUCCUCGCUUGGGCUGAGCUGUCUGCAGAGCACAAGUGGACAUCUCUGUCUUCGGCUGGACCUUUUACUGCGACUGUUUUAGAAACGAGCGCGUUUACGUCACAAACAGCAGGAGGAAAGUAUUUGCUGGACCAACGUCAGUGUUUUAAGAGGUACAAAGAUGGUGUCCUGUGGUCUACGCAGUGUCCAGAUGGAACCAGUUCCUCUGAAGAGCAUUGAGGUGGAGCUGGAGGUGAGGGACCAUGUGGCUACAGUGGUCUCCACUCUGAACUACGAGAACAAGGAGGACAAACCAUUAGAGGCUGUUUUUGUCUUCCCUCUGCCUGGAGAUGCUGCUGUCUGUCAUUUCAGCGCUCAGAUUGGACAGACACAGAUUGUAGCUGAGGUCAAGGAGAAACAGAAGGCUCGUGAAUUGUAUGAUGAUGCUCUGAGCUCCGGUCAGCAGGUCUGCCUAUUGGCAGAGAGUGAUGAGAGUCCAGAUAUAUUCUCUCUGAGUGUGGGCAGUCUGCCUCCAGGAGAGAGCGCCUCCAUCAGGUUGGAGUACGUCACUGAGCUGGCUGUGCAGGCUGAUGAUGGUCUGAGGUUCUGUCUGCCUGCUGUGCUCAACCCUCGAUACCAACCUCAGGGAAGUGCAGGUGCAGGUUUCCAGGUAACUUCUGUUCCAGCCUCUCUGGUGCCCUACAGUCUGUCUUUUUCUGCCCGAGUGUCCUCUCCUCGUCCAAUCUCUAAAGUAGAGUCCAACUGCUCCCUGGACCCUCUGCAGUACCUCAACACCGAUCAAACCCAGGCCACGGUCAAGCUGGCUGCAGGACACAAGUUUGACAGAGAUGUUGAACUGCUGAUUUAUUACAAAGACGCCCACCAGCCCACUGCUGUGGUGGAGGCAGGACAGACCUCUGCUGAGCCGGGCUCUCUGAUGGGUGAUCCAGUGGUGAUGGUGAGUCUGUACCCUGGGUUCCCCCAGUCUGUGAUGUCUUCAAAGGCUUCAUGUGGAGAGUUUGUGUUCUUAGUGGAUCGAUCUGGAAGUAUGGGAUUUAGGAACCACGGAUUUCCUCGCCAGACUCGCAUCCACGGUGCCAAGGACACUCUACUGCUGCUGUUGAAGAGUUUACCAAUUGGCUGCUAUUUCAACAUUUACAGUUUCGGGUCCAAAUAUGAACACAUCUUCCCUAAGAGUGUGGAGUACAGCCAGAAGACCAUGGAGGAGGCUCUGAAGAAAAUAAAGAAGAUGAAGGCUAAUCUUGGAGGAACAAAGAUCCUGAAGCCCCUCAAAUAUAUUUACAGCCAGGCCUGCAUUCCCAAUCAGCCCAGACAGCUGUUUGUCUUUACUGAUGGACAGGUGGGAAACACCAAAGAAGUGAUCGAUCUGGUGAAGAAGAAUUCAGAUUCUCACAGGUGUUUCUCUUUUGGGAUUGGGGAAGGGGCCAGCUCUGCUCUCAUCAAUGGGAUGGCCAAGGAAGGAGGAGGUCACGCUCAGUUCAUCACAGGGACUGACAGGAUGCAACCAAAAGUAAGACAAUAA